AUGCCGGUACUCCUUGAUAAUAUACAAUUCUACAAUGGCCCUUCAAAGCCUGCAAAACCGCCGUAUUUUGCCUUUGACAGCAAGAAAGAUUCAAAAGAUUCCAAUACCUUGCUAUCGAGCGAGCAACUUGCAUUCUCCAAUGAACCUGUCUCUUCGGCAACGGACGACUCGACAAUAGUCCCGACUGACUUCCUCCCUCCGGCUGCCAAUGCAGAAGAAUAUACAACGCAUCAGCAUGCAGUUGGGUCGCCUACCUUGUUUGACCUCGAACUGGCGAGGUUCUGGGGGGCAUCGCCAUUGUUGGCUACACUUGAGGCUAGCGGUAGCGAUACCUGUCCCUCGCUACGGAAGCUUGGCUGUCACUGCCGAGAUAAGUCAGACGAACAGAUGCCUGACGACUCCCCGUCCUCGUUCGGUGCAAAUUUAAGCAGAAAUCCGGAUUUGGACAGUUCAGACGUCUUCCCGAGAUCCCAACCAAGUUACACGAGUCCUCCACAGCCUCGUCAGCCCCCUUCCACCGCGGUUCUUUCACCAGAUCCAGCAAUCUCACACCCUGAUAUUACGCAAUUGCAUGUGGUGGAAGAUGUUCAGUGGAGACGAAAUCAACCUUCAGACAGCACGUACUUUGAAUCUCUUAAUCCAACUCACGCUUGGGAUACGUCCGACGUGUCUACCGCAUUUAUCGAACAUUCUUCCCAUACUCCGCUCUCUUCUCUGUCAUCCUGCUCAGAUGUUGUCUGUAUUCCUUCACUCGAGCCGGAGGAUUGUCCUGACGACCGUUCGGAUGACUAUGCAGAAGCAAGCCAAGCUAGAUUGAUUUCAGAUUGUUCCCCCAGAACCGUGGCUAAGCCAGGCCCCUUUAGACCGGCCGGUCUGCUGCACGUUAACGUGCCUAAUUCGAUGGAUCUCGAACAAGCCGACGGGCGCGAGUCUGGUAAUUCUCGCUCGAGAACACCUAGCGUUCAAAGCGACUCGAACCUCGUUUUACCUAAUCCGAGAGAACGCAAAAAAAAAGAAUGUCCAAUGCGUCGGACCAGAAAACGAGACACUACUCGUAACGAGUGCUACCCGUCUGUCGCAGUGGUUAUUCCUCCGCCGCGGCCGAGACCUGUACGGACUCUACCCUCAAGGCCAAAACCUGUUGCAUUAGAUGCAUAUGAGAUCGAAAGUAGCGAAGACGUUGAUGAUUCCUCGGACGAGGACUUCACGACCGAUACGAUCCCAGCAGAACUCCUAAAUGCUGAGAACUCCGUGGAGGAAAAUCACGGUCCUCCAAGUCCAACCGCUCCAUGCUAUCCCAACGACACGUCCUUUGGUUCAUCGACCAGCUAUUACGAGAGCCGCGAUAUUGUUGGGCGGGCAAUUCUCACUAUUGAGACCCAGGGAUCGGAGCCUACUUUCUUCUUCACUCUUAUGCCCGACAACUUCCCCUCGAUAUCAUAUGUUGCUGCGCCCAAUCCUCCCCACAACUCCGAGAAAGCAGGUGGAGUUUUGAAGCCGUCAACGAGCAUAAGCCGUCCAACUCGCGGGAAAAACAAACGCCGGACCUAUUCAACGGACGAGAACAACUUGUUGGUGAAGUUGAAGGAGGAAAGGAAGUUAACAUGGAAGGAAAUCACCGACUAUUUCCCUGGUCGUGCUUCCACUUCACUGCAGGUUCACUAUUCCACCAAAUUAAGGCACCUGAGAGCCAAAAGAAGCCGUCCGCAGAGUCGGCGGGGCAAAAAGAAAUGA